GCUCAAUUUCUUGCCUGUUCGUUCUUCGUGCAACAAUAAGAGGUUAUUAGAUCUUUCAGGGUCGAAGGGCUCUCUUGACCAUCAUCACAUGCUGUAUAAUGUCCAGCGACAAAAACCGCUCCCAGCGCCUACAGCCGUCAUCAGUCGCCUCUUCUCCGCCUCGGACCCCGAAUUCUGCUCCCCCGAUAAUCGUACUGCCGAAAAGGAGGAUUAUUCCGGCACCUCUCACCGCAAAUAGCCUCCAUCCUGUGGAAAAAGAGAUUGAACGCCUCACUGCCGCUUGCGAAGAACAUGAGCGAGUCAUUCGUUCUACGCUGUCCACAGUAAGACACCAUAUCAUGACGAAUACACAAGGUAUUUUGGAAAGGUUAUCAAAGGUGGAUGAUGACGCGGAGGCAAUCACUGCAUCAAUUCAACAGGCGAUACAAUCCAGUAUACCACAAUUCCAGUCAAACCUUAGGGAAAGCCUGCAACUUCGGAGCGGGGAUGUCGAACUCAUGCGAGAACGGACAACACCUUGGAGGGAUGUAGUGGAUGAGGACGGAGCUGCUCGUCUAGGCGUUUCGACUGGCGGCAUUGGUGCGUUACGUGCCAAAAAACUCAAAAGAGUGGAAGGUGGGGGUGGCGAGGCAGAUGCUCUCACACGGGUCGAACUCUGGGCAGAUGAAGUGGAAAUGUAUUUGAACAAUGAAAUCAUAAGGGCAAACGAGAGCACCAAGGUCAAGAGGGCUAGACAAAUUGGACUGUAUUACGCCAUCCUAUAUUCCCUAAUGGUCUUAGGAAUUAUGGGAGGUAUAUUCCUUCUUUAUUAUCCAUCGGCAGCUAUAUGGGGAUGGAUAAGACCGUGACAAAUAUCAAAUGGCACCUGAAAAGAGUCUUAUACUGGAUUUUCUGCACAUAGAAAGUAAAGUUGUAAGCGUUUGUACCCGGACAAACUGGAUUGAAGGACGAUCGCCCGUCGUAUCUCAUUUGUGCAAGAAUGUACUGGUACCUAUGGAAAAGAAAGUACCCCCCCUUUUUUGAUCCCGCGAUGCGUUUUUGACUAUACCCCAUAACUAUAAUUUUGAAUUGUUCAUGCA